AACCUCUUGACGCUAAAGGUUUAAAUUUGUGUAUGUUUUUUUUAAAAAAAUUUUCUGAAGGUGGAAGAAGUCGUGGAAAGUUUUGGGCCAUCCAUGGAGGGGUUGAAAGGGUUCAAUAUGGAAUACUGGGAAGCUCAAGGUCUUAAGUUUGUUCCUCAGCUGCAAAAGGCAACCAUCGAAGUUCAUUUUGGAAACGGAGUAGAACUUGUGAAGUAUCUACUCAAGCAUGCAGCAGCUUUGGAAACCUUGAACACCCUCUGUUUUCCAGGUAUGGAAUCGAGCAUCUUGGAGCAGAUAAAGGAAUACAAAAGUCAACCCACCACUGUCCUUUUUAGCUCAAUAUGAAAGCUGCAGAUAUUUUGAGGAAAGAUUUGUAUCAGACCGAGUUAGAUUUUGAAUUGUUCUUAAACACCAUUAGUGUUUAUGUUUUAUGAUCUCAAUCUGCGGAUCUAGUCUGCCAUUUAAUUUCAUAUGUAUUGUUGUUUUGUUUCUACUUUCUAGGCCAUGAUCACUAACUUUGAUUAUGAUCUGAUGGAUGUCUCUGAUGUGCAUCAUUCUUUUCUGUGUUGUUAUUCCCUCAUCACUAUUUUGCUCUGGGUUGAGCACAACGACGAGGCUGGAAGACAGAAAGUAACCUUAUGAGAGCAUUUUUUUAGUCACUGCUAUCAAUCUAGAAACAACAUGACAACUACUUGUAAAGUCCAUUGGAUUUUGAGGUUUUAUCACCCCAUUCCUGCAUUGAGAGAAAGUUGGCAACCCAGAAAUUUGAGGUU